UGAAACACUAAAUAACACUAAAUAAAUCAUCAUGACUAAAUACGAGGAGGUUGGUGUUCAUGGGUACGAAGAAUUUUCUAAAGCUGUGUCUGAAAGAAAAGGAAAAGAGAUAUUCGCUUAUUUCUCUGGAGAUAAAGAUGGCCAGGGCAAGAGCUGGUGUCCGGACUGUGUGAAAGCAGAACCAGUGGUCAGAGGAGAGCUGUCUCAUCUGCCCGAGGGAUCUGUCUUCAUUUACUGCCAAGUAGGAGACAGACCAUACUGGAAGGACCCAACCAAUGACUUUAAGAAGACCCUAAAGCUGACUGGAGUACCCACACUACUGCGAUACGGGACGCCCCAGAAGCUGGUUGAAGAUGAGUGUUUUAAAGUUGACCUCGUUCGAAUGAUGUUCACGGAGGAUUAAUGUCCUGUUGCAUAUACUGCUGGAUUGCAUCCACCUUUUUAAAUAUGAUUUACACGUUUUUUUCAUUGUUAAUUUUGUCAUUUGUAAUCUGUGCUCCUGCUCUGGAAUGUUAAGGCAAACAAAUUGUGGCCCUGGUAUUAUGUUGUGAGUUUGUGCUGUGGUGAUUGUACAUGUUUU